UUUCAUAAAAAUAUCUAUUUUAAAAUGUAUAUUGGGCGGUCAGUGGCCCUUUAAGUACAUCGGUUAAUGGGUAAAUGUUUAAGAAAUAGUUUGAAGGGGAGACAGAUCAUUAGUGAAGUGGGCAAGUGGUUAGAUGGGCAGUUAGAUUGGGUGGUUAAACGCGUGGGUGUGGGUAGGUACAUGAUUAGCAGUGAGAUAGGUGAGUCGGUACAAGUAGAUAAGUUGGGUAGGUAGGUACUGAAGGUCGCUAAAUAGGGAGGUGCAUGGGUAUUUAUACUGUAGAUAUUAGCUGGUGGGUAGGUAGUUAGCUUGAUAGACUGUUACUUUAGGUGGGUAGUUUGGUGGAUUUAGUCGAGCACUAGGUAGACUCAUUGGUAGUUAAAUAAGUUGGUCGGUAAGAAGAUGGGUAGAAAGUCCGUGAAAUAAAUGGGUAGGAAAUUACUGUAGUUAGAUGCGUGGGUAGAUAGUUACCAAGAUUGGUUGAAGGUCGAGGUUGAUUAAGUCGAUGGUUCCAUACGUGGGAACGUACAGUACGUAGCGACGGUAUAUGAUGGGUGCUAAUUUAGGUGGGUAAUUUGGGUGGAUAGGUAGGCAGGUAAAUUAAAUGGCUUACUGUCUGGGUAUCCAUGCCGGGCCAGUAGACAUCUGUUUGGGCUGUUGCAAGAAGAGAAGGGGCUGCAGUGUUCGUGUAGGGAGGUGGAAGAGGAGGAGGGCCUCAUGGCCAGUGGGGAGCUCUGAUGGGGGAAUCCACUGUUAGGUGGAGGAAGAAGUGGAUCCUGCUUUUUGUGGCGUGCACGGCAGUUCUGAAACCAAACCUGUGGCAAACCACACAUAUGGCCAAGUUUAUUUGAUGAAUUGGAGUUUCAGUGUCUUUUUUGGUAUCAUUUGGUUCGCACCUGUAUGACCCGUCGACUCAGUCCCGUUAUUUCUGCCAGUUUCUGAAGCGUAAGAGCAUCGGGGUUAUUGUCCUGGGCAAACUGGCUCUGCAUCACCUGCACCACAAAGACAUACAUACUGGAAUAAUUCAUGGAGAUCAGCCUUUAUGUGGUUAAGUCUAUGGUCGGAUUUAUGGUCUGUGACCUGGUUCAUGGUCAGGUCUAUGAUUGGGUCUAUGGUCGGAUUUAUGGUCUGUGACCUGAUUCAUGGUUAGUUCUAUGAUUGGGUCGAUGGUCCAGUUUAUGGAAUAUGGCCAAGUCUAUGGUGAGGAUUAUGGUCUCUGGCCAUAUUUAUGUUUUACUGCAAUGGUCAUCAACCUUUUUGAAAAUGCACCACUUCUAGAGGCGUCAGAAAGAAAGGUUGGGGGGUCUUUUUGGAGAACCAAUACUAUUUUAGGCAAACUGCCCCUCCGGUUGGGAAUGGGUGCGGGGGGACUUUCAUUAUCUAGUCAAGUCUGUGGCCUAUUGGUAGGUGUAUGGUCAAGAUUGUGUGGUUAGGGUUCGUAAAAAAUGUGGUGAAGUUUAUGGUCAAUGGGAGGGGUCGCAAACUCAAUUUAUCUUGGGGCUGCUGGAGGCAGAGUCUGGCUGAAGCUGGGCCACAGCCUUGGUAGACUUGCACAUGCACGCAAUUUAAAAAUCCAAUUUCUCAAACGUCUUUUGUAUUGUUUAACAUAGACUAAGAUAAACAAGGACGCUGGUGUAAACAAGUUGUGUUCAAAACUACUAAUAAAACUCCCCAUGAUAGUUUUCACUCAUUGAAAAAUGUUUCUCUGCUUGUGUGAAAUCCGGUUUAUGUCACACCCGUGAGAGUCAUAUACCUCACGGUGAUUGGUAGGUUCAUCAUCUCCGCACACAACACUGUAAAAGUGCCAUUCAUAUAAAACUCUGUGGCCCUACUAACGUUAAACUCAUAUUAAGGUGGGGGCCACAAAAUAUCAUCUUGCAGGCCACAAAUGGCCCACAGGCUGCCAGUUUCAGACCCCUCGUCGAGGGUCAAGUUUGUUGUCAGGUCUAUAGCUCACCCUACCUGCAGCUGUUCUGCUGUGAACGACGUUCGUGCCCUCUUGGCUGGCUUGGGCUGGCAGCCCGGGUUGCAGGGCAGUGCCCCCUCCAGGGUCAGUCCAGUUCCUGCAGGGGAGGAAGGUGAAGGAAAGUGAAUAUACAGACUGUUACAUUAGCUUCUCUCGCUAGCCACUGUAUGCUCCAGACCCUUGAGAAUCUGACGAUUACAGAGAAAUUUGUAUUCAGAUUUCCUGUGACCAGUGUCGUGCAUUUGAGUUGUCGAUAUAGAUUGCAAUGCUAGCCUCUCGCAGUAGCCACACAUUUUUGUUCAUUCACCUACUACAAUUAUGAACUGUACCGUUUUGGGCGGCUCUGCGCAGAUUGUCCAGCACGGCAUCAUAGUGGGCCCGGCAUAGCACCCUACCCUCUACCAGGCCAAACUCCUCGCCCGUGGACAGCUGGCGUUUGCAGGAAAAGCAGGCAAAGCAGGCCAGGAGAUAUCGGUCGUGGAUGUCUACCCCGCAGCUGGCGCACAGCUGGAGCCGCUGCCGGGGCUUCUCUUUGCCCUGAGGAGGACAGCGACAGGCGGCCUCUGGAGGGCUGCGAACUCGGGCAUCUUCCUUCACCUCUGACCUGGACUGUGGCAGAGUUUAUCCUAGUUAGUGUCACGGAGUGCUGGAACCUAUUCAAGCUGAGUUCCGGCGAAAGGCAGAUUACACCCUAAACCGGUCACCAGUCAGCCGCGGGGCACAUACAGACACGGACAACCAUUCGCAGUCAUAGUCACGGCAUCACUGAGGGGGAACUGAACCCAUCCUGCCCUCACCAAAGUCAGUCAACCCUUGUUGCUACUACCCUUGUCAAAACUCUGGAGUUUGCGUGCGACAGGCUGCCGAUGGCUACGAGUGUGACUGCACCCGCACUGGCUUCUAUGGGGAAAACUGCACCCAUCCGGAGUACUGGACUUGGCUUCAGCUCACACUAAAGCCCAGCCCAGAGGUUGUCCACUACUUCUUGACAAAUUUCCAGUGGCUCUGGAACUUGAUCAACAACUCAUUCCUGCAGGACACCUUGAUGAGACUAAUACUGACUGUGCGCAGUGACCUCAUUCCCAGCCCUCCAACCUAUAACACCAAGUAUGGCUACCUCACCUGGGAGUCCUACUACAACACUUCCUAUUACACCCGGAUACUACCACCAAUUCCAGACGACUGUCCUCUGCCCAUGGGAACCAAAGGCAAGCCCCAUUUGCCCGAUCCCAAAGUAUUGUCCGAGCAGUUUUUCAAAAGACAGAAAUUCCGGGAGGAUCCAGGAGGAACCAACAUUAUGUUUGCCUUCAUGGCUCAACAUUUCACCCACCAGUUCUUCCGCACUGACCAUCAGAUCAAUGGAGGCUUCACCAAAGCUCUCGGACAUGGGGUCGAUGCAAGCAACAUUUAUGGUGAUACGCUCACGCGGCAGCUGCAACUUCGUCUUCAUAAGGACGGAAAGCUGAAAUAUCAGAUAGUGAAUGGCGAGGUGUACCCCCCUUCGGUGUCCGAGGCCCCUGUUCACAUGGUAUACCCGGCGGACAUUCCUUCAGAGCAGAGACUGGCUGUCGGUCACGAGUUGUUCGGAAUGCUGCCAGGGCUGACCUUGUAUGCCACCUUGUGGUUAAGGGAGCACAACCGAGUGUGUGAUGUCCUCAAGUCAGAGCACCCGAGCUGGGAUGACGAGCAGCUCUUCCAGACUGCCAGGCUCAUUGUUAUCGGUCAGAUUAUUAAGAUCAUCACGGAAGAGUACGUGCAACAUCUGAGCGGCUACCUGCUCAAGUUAAAGUUUGAUCCCACCUUGCUCUUCGGUCAGCGCUUCCAGUACAGCAACCGUAUUGCUUUAGAGUUCUGCCAACUGUACCAUUGGCACCCUUUGAUGCCUGACAGCUUCCUCGUGGAUAAUGACGAGAUUCCGCACUCACGCUUCUCCUUCAACACCUCGGUGCUUUUUCACUACGGUGUUGAGAAGCUGGUGGACGCCUUCUCACGACAACCAGCGGGACAGGUAUGUGGCGGGCGUAACUCUCCCGGAGUGGUGCUACGAGUGUCCGAAAUGGUCAUCCGAGAAUCCAGAGAGACGCGUAUUCAGCCUUUCAAUGAAUACAGGAAGAAGUUCAAAUUGAGGCCUUAUACCUCAUUCAGAGAAUUUACAGAUGACGAGGACAUUGCGGCAGGUUUGCUGGAGCACUACGGUCACAUCGAUGCCCUGGAGUUCUACCCGGGAAUCCUCCUUGAGAAGCCACGUCCCGGCUCUAUCUUUGGAGAGAGCAUGGUAGAGAUGGGGGCCCCCUUCUCCCUGAAGGGCCUGCUGGGCAACCCCGUGUGUUCGCCUGAGUACUGGAAGCCGAGCACCUUCGGCGGGGAGGUGGGCUUCAAUGUGGUCAAAACGUCUACGCUGAAGAAAUUGGUGUGCCUCAACACCAAACGGUGUCCAUAUGUCAGCUUCCGGGUUCCUCUUGAGCUCGAGAACACUAAGCUGAAGAAAUCCAAGGAGCUUUAACCUACCUUAUUAGGAGGCAUGUUUUCUAAAAAUAGGUAGCUUGUAACAUAUAACUUCCCUUGGGAGUUAUCCGUUAAUUCACCUGAUGCCAUGAAAUCUACUGGGCAGAUCGAUAAUGAAUAAACCCACAAAAAAGUCACAAAAACCCAAGUCCGAAAUGACACAGCUAUUUUGGUUGAUUUUUAAUCUUUAUUUUUGUCUUGUCCCAAAACAAUGUGUCGUGGAAUAAAUGAAGAGCAGAAGAAUACUGCAUUUUUGA